UGUCCUCUUCCCACCACAUAUAAAACUCACAACCAAAGUCCUCUCCUUCUCGAUCGUUAACAUUCCAUUUACGUUAGCACCCACUUGUUGAAAAGUUCUACGCUUGCUUUCUGAAACGUCUUCCUCGUCGAUCACCCAAGUCAUGAUUCCUGAAUAUGAUUAUCUUUUCAAACUUUUGCUCAUUGGAGAUUCUGGCGUUGGCAAGUCUUGCCUUCUUCUGAGAUUUGCGGAUGAUUCUUACAUUGACAGCUACAUAAGUACCAUUGGUGUUGACUUUAAAAUUCGAACAGUGGAGCAGGACGGAAAGGUUGUUAAACUUCAAAUUUGGGACACGGCUGGUCAAGAACGUUUCAGAACAAUUACAAGCAGCUACUACCGUGGUGCACAUGGCAUUAUCCUUGUCUAUGAUGUCACCGAUCAAGAGAGCUUCAACAAUGUGAAGACCUGGCUGCAAGAAAUUGAUAAAUUUGCUGUUGGAAAUGUGAACAAGCUGUUGGUUGGAAAUAAGUCUGACUUAGCUGACAAGAAAGUGGUAUCUUCUGAAGCCAGCAAGGCAUUUGCAGAUGAGCUAGGAAUUCCGUUCUUGGAAACAAGUGCCAAAAACUCCACUAAUGUAGACCAAGCAUUCAUGACUAUGGUUACAGAGAUAAAGAAUAGGAUUGCUACUCAACCGAUGAGUGCUAACAAGCCAUCUACUGUGCAUAUGCGUGGACAGCCAGUUAACCAGAAGACCACCUGCUGCUCAUCUUGAUUUGCCGAUGAGGAUGAACUUGUUCUUGCUGGUGGUGGGAAGCUCCACAGGCUUCAGACCAUAAAAACAGAAGUUACACAGGCUUGCAGACAAUUGGAUCGUAAUUUGACCGCGUGCCCUCCUUAUAUGUAUAGUAGACUAGCCUAUUAUUCUCACAUAAAUUUUUUGAUUUAGUGAAUUCAAGAAAUUGUUUGAAUAAUUUUAGCCCCCAAUCUGUAACAGUUCAUUUCAUUCAACAUUUGAUUUGAUAGAACACAUGUCCUUCAGUCCUUCAGCUUGAA